AUGCCACAAACACGUUCCACAUCAGGUAGUAGGUCAGAAAGAGAGGAAGAUGAUUUCAAUACAACUAUUAUAGAAAACAUAACGGGUGGCCAAACGGUAGAACAAAGGUUAAACGAAAUGAUGUUAAAGAUUAACGCGCUACAGGUCGAGCUGGAUAACAGCAACCGCCGGUUAAGGGAAAUUCAUGUACAGCCCCCGGGUAAUAAUAAUCCAGCUACGAAUACAGAAAACGAUGAUACGGGUAGAACAGAACAGCAGCACCGCAAGCUCUACGAUUUACCCGAAUUCGACGGGCCUAUGCUCAAGGAAGCCUUCUAUAUGACAUCGGAGGAGUACGGGUACGACGACCGUCAGAAUAUGAUGCGCCUGCAGAAAGCCCUAAAAGGAGUUGCGCGUCGUGUUAUUAGAAAUGGAUGGAAAGGUCCAGCUGUAAUCCUGACAAAGCUGGGUUGGAUUGUCUACGGUAUGGUGGAAAGCGGUUCAGUCAAGGGUGCGAGUCGACUGUUCUUCACACGUGCCGGUCCCAGCCAGGGUGACGCAUUGGAACAGCUGGUGAAGGAAUAUAUCGCCAGUGAUGAGCUGGGUGUGCGAUGCGCUAAGCAUGUAGAGAGCGAUGACGAUAAGAGGGCCAAGAUGUUGUUGGAAAGUACAACUGUCCGGAAGGGCGACCGUUUCGAAACGGGGCUUUUAUGGAAAAGUCCACAAACGAAUUUGCCGGACAGUCGUAAGAUGGCUGAGAAACGCUUGCUGCUUUUGGAGAAGAAUUUCGAGCGAGACAACGAUUUUAAAAGAGAAUAUGUACAGGCUAUGGCUGAAUAUAGGAGGAAAGGGUAUUCGAGAAAACUACGCGACGAUGAGCUGAGAAUAGAAAGUAGCCGCACGUGGUACCUGCCUCACUUCGCAGUGUACAACCCAAACAAACCAGGAAAGUUGAGGUUAGUUUUCGACGCUGCCGCAAACGUUAGUGGCUGUUCCCUAAAUUCGGCACUACUGAGUGGCCCUGACCAAUGUCAACCGCUCCCAGUGGUGUUAAUGAAAUUCCGGCAACGAAUGAUUGAUGUGUGCGCGGAUAUUGUCGAGAUGUUUCACCAGGUGAAGAUGCGCGAGGACGAUCAGGAGGCGCAAAGAUUCCUUUGGAGGGAAAACUCAAGACAGCCAAUCGAAGAUUAUGCCAUGACACACGAAGAUAAAUUUCCUGAAGCUGUCAGCGCAAUAAUCAAUAACCAUUAUGUUGAUGACUUGGUUCACUGCUUCUCCAGCGAAAGCGAUGCUCUGAAAAUAAUUCCGGAAAUCGUGUGGGUACAUGCGAAAGUUAACCGAACGUUCAACGACAGCAGCGGAGAUCAACAAGUUUACAGCCUCGAUAAAAAGCCUAUGGAGUUUCAAAAGGUGUUAGGCAUGUGCUGGGACACGACCCAAGACGCGCUUCGUUUCGGAAAAUCAUUUGGAAGGGUUGACAAGAAGUUGUUGGAAGGAAAACGAACCCCUACGAAACGAGAAGCGCUGAGUAUUGCCAUGUCAGUAUUCGACUCCUUCGUCCUUGCAGCGGAGUACUCAUUGGUGGCCAAACUUAUACUGCAGCUAACAUGGAGGAAGCAAGUCGAUUGGGAUGAAGAAAUACCAUCGGAUGCGCGCGUACUUUGGGAGAGAUGGCUCGUGAUGCUUGAGGAUUUGGAAAAGCUCUGCAUAUCGCGAUGCUAUGGUGUAUAUUUCAUGAGCAUUCCAGUGGAGCUACACGUUUUUGCAGAUGCCAGUGAGUUGGCCUAUGCGGCGGUGGCAUAUUGGAGAAUCGUAGACACAAAAGGAGUUGUUGAGCUGUCGUUCAUAGCAGGCAAGACCAAGUGUGCGCCGAUGAAGCUGACCUCGAUUCCUCGUUUGGAACUACAAUCGGCAGUGUUGGCGUUUUUACUGGAAAGCCAAAGUAAAUGGCCAGAACAAGUAGGUCAUGGAGAAACGGCUGAAGAGUUGCGCGCAAAACUAUUAUUUCUAGUAAUUCCGAAUGACUUAACACCCUUUGAUAGAUACUCAUCGUUCCAGCGAUUGAAGAGGAUUAUUGCCUGGAUAUUACGCUUCUCCGAUAAUUGCAAGCAAACCACGGGCAAGAGAAAACUGGCCUGGCUAGACUCAUCGGACCUGGAGAGGGCAGAUUUGGUUAUCUGCCGAGCAGUACAAAUUAAUGCUUAUGGCGAAGACUAUGAAUCGUUGAAAUUGCACGGGUGCGUAGGGCGAAGUAGCAGACUAUGGAAGUUGACACCAUACUUGGACGACUUUGGAGUCAUGCGAGUCAAUGGAAGACUAAACAAUGCAAUGGCUAUUUCCCCGGUAGCUCGUCGACCAAUUAUACUCCCUAAAACUCAUCGUGUUACCGAUUUGAUCGUGGAUAACUAUCACCGAACUUGGCGCCAUCAAAAUGAUGCGACAAUUAUCGCAGAGAUACGUAGACGGUACUGGAUUCCCCACAUCAGAGUUGUGGUUAAGCAGGCUACAAGGAGGUGUGUCGUAUGUAAAAGGAAUCGGGCUCGGCCCACCGUGCCAAUGAUGGGGCAAUUGCCUGAAGACAGAGUUACGCCAUUCGUGAGACCGUUCUCCUACGUCGGCCUGGACUACAUGGGACCCUUCGUAAUAGUGGCGGGUCGUCGCAGCGAGAAGCGUUGGAUAGCCCUAUUUACGUGCUUGACUACUCGAGCUGUGCAUUUAGAAAUAGCCAGGGAUAUGUCAACCGAUACGUGCUUGAUGUGCAUUCGAAACUUCAUGAACCGGCGAGGAACACCAGUACGCAUUCGCUCUGACAACGGCACAAAUUUUGUCGGAGCCGACCGGGAAUUGAAGCGACAGCUAUACGAGUUCGAGUGCGGAAACAUAGCUGAUGCGCUGUCGAAAGAGGGCAUCCAAUGGGUUUUCAACUGCCCGCUGAACCCUCACGAAGGUGGCUGUUGGGAAAGGCUGGUGCGCAGCGGGAAACGAGCUAUGGGUGACGUACUACACAGCGAGAGUAUACAGGAGCACGCAUUGUAUAGCCUUAUGUGCAAGGCAGAGAACAUAGUUAAUUCGCGUCCGCUCACGCAUAUACCGUUAGACUCACCUACCGAUGAACCCCUCACCCCUAAUCAUUUCCUUUUAAGCACAGCCAAUUCUGAUCAGACGCUCAUCCCGCUAGAAGAGAAGCUCCGAGCAACCAGGAAGCAGUGGCGGAAAGUCCAACAGCUCCAGCAUCGAUUUUGGAAGAAGUGGCUGUCGGAAUAUCUUCCAGACCUGUGUCGACGGACUAAGUGGUAUCAACCAGUUGCAACAUUGGCCGUCGAUGAUGUCGUCCUUAUUUGUGACUCGAGUGUGCACCGUUCGAAAUGGCUCCUGGGAAGAGUUACCCACGUGUACCCUGGCACGGACUCUCAGGUCAGAGCAGCGGAUGUAAAGACGAAAUUGGGCGUCUUCAAGAGACCGGUGUGGAUGUUGGCGAAGUUGGACGUUGGUGAACCUGAGCUGAGCUAG